AGCAUGGCAGCCGUCAACUGUGUGCUAUCGGAGGACAACUUCCUGUGCCCUAUCUGCCUGGACGUGUUCACAGCGCCCGUCACCACACAGUGUGGACACAACUUCUGCAAAGGCUGCAUCAUUGAAAACUGGAGAAUCAAUAGAUCACGCCGGUGUCCCGUCUGCAAACAUUAUUUCGACACUAAAACUGAGGUGCACGUCAAUACCUUCAUAUCUGAGAUGGUUGCUCAAUUGAGGAAAAAAUCCUUGGAAGUUGCCCUGGCAGGUGAGGUUCCCUGUGACAUCUGCGCUGGGACCAAGCUGAAGGCUCUCAAGUCCUGCCUGGUGUGUCUGUCCUCGUAUUGUGAGACUCACCUGCAGCGACAUCGGACAGUGUCAGGGCUGAAGAGUCAUAAGCUCAUCGAGCCCCUGGUCAACCUUGGAGACAGAAUUUGUACAAAGCACAAUGAACUCAUGGAGCAGUUCUGCAAGACAGACCAGAUGUGUGUGUGUCACCUUUGCAAUGAGCCUGACCACAACUCACACCAUGUUGUAGCCGUGAGUGAGGAAUGUGAAGAAGAGAAGUCUAAGCUGGCGAGUACAGAGGCUGAGUUUCAGUGCAUGAUCGAGGAGAGGCAGCUGAAGGUGCUGGAGCUCAGUGGGUCAGUGCAGCUCAGCAAAAAAGCUGCAGACAAAGCAGCAGCAGAUGGUGUACCUGUCUUCACUGUCCUGAAGCAGCUAUUGGAGACGGAUCUGUCCGAGCUCCCUGAAGAGAUCAAGAGGAAACAGGAGAAAACAGCAAAUCACGCCAAGGGCCUUAUGGAAGAGCUUGAUCGGGAGAUCUCUGAGUUGAAAAGGAGAAACUGUGAGCUUAAGCAGCUGUCCCACUCUGAUGAUCUCCUCCACCUCCUCCAGACCUCCUCAACCCUGAGGACCUUCUCACGCACUAAAGACUGGGAGAAAGUCAGCCUCCAUCAGCCAUCGUUUGAGGGGACCGUGGCCAGAGCCGUGGCACGCCUCAAAGAGACACUCAGCGAACACACAAGGGACCUGCUCCAGGCUGAACUAAAGAGGGUGCAGCAGUACGCAGUGGACGUGACCCUCGACCCUAACACGGCGCACCCCGCACUCACCCUGUCUGUUGAUGGGAAACAAGUGAAUUACAGUGAUGUGGAGCCGACUCUUCCAGACAACCCGGACAGAUUCUCUUAUGCCGUCCUCGCCUUGGGGAGGCAGAGUUACGCCUCCGGUAGGUUUUACUGUGAAGUCGAGGUUAAAGGGAAGACAAAGUGGGAUCUGGGAGUGGUCAGUGGUUUGGCAAACAGGAAAGGACGAAUCAUAUCAAGCCCAAAAGCCGGCUACUGGACCCUGCAGCUAAGGAAUGGAAAUGAGUACACAGCUCUUGCCGACCCUGACAUCUUUCUCUCGCUGAAAUCGCGACCUCAGAGGGUGGGGGUGUUUGUAGAUUAUGAGGAGGGUUUAGUCUCAUUUCAUGACGUUGACACUGCAGAUAUUAUCUACUCCUUCACUGGCUGCGCCUUCAAUGACAAACUCUACCCGUUCUUCAGUCCUUGCUUAAACGAGGGAGGUGUAAACUCUGCCAGUCUCAGAAUUUCUCCUGUUCAUGAAGCUGAUGUUGUAUAAAGCUAUCAUUGAUAUUGUGGCAAUAA